UAAUUAACCUUACCAUUUAGCUGCCUAACUCUAAUUUGUAGAAUUCCAAUGGCAGCUAACUAUGGUUGAUGGAAAUGUUUUCUAUUCUCAGAACCAUCUGGAAUUUACGCAGCCUGAUGAUAACUGAUUAGUCAUUUCAAUAAAGAAGCAAUAUAGCAUAUUUGUUGAUCAAAACAAUUUAAAAAAUUUAUAUCAUAUUAUGCAUCAUAUUACAUAUAAUUGACUUGAUUUGUUUGUAUAGCAUUUUACACAAUUGAAAGUACAAGUAAAAUAUAUUAAUGACUGGUUUUAGUACCUCACUUUGUCUACGAUCAAAUAGUAAUAUAUUUUUCCAAAUACAUUUUGGCUAGUUCAUAAGAUUCUGACUGACAGUAAAUAAGAUGUAAAUUAAAGGCUGCUUCUCUAGACAAAUCAAAAAUUGGAUCCUUCAUAACUAAUCCUUCUUUCAACUCUAAAACUUUUUUAUAAUGAAAAAUAGCCUGUGUUAAUAAACCUAAAUGAUGAAAACCUCUUCCUAAGUUAUAAUGUACUUCUUGAAGUCCUUCAUGACCCCUUAAGUCCCUAUAUUGAGUAAGUAAACCUAAUGCUUGAACUACUAAAUGAUGCUUUUUAGAGGUGAACUUUUGAGCAGCCAUCUGAAGGUACGUUAAACCUAGCAAUAAUGCACCCAGAGCAGUCGGAUUUUUAACUUGGGCUGAGCUGUAUUCAUGCAUUGCAUAUUUAUAAGUCCCAGAGACUAAACAAUUAUUGCCAUGCAAUAGCCCAAGAGCAGGAUGGUCACAGUUUCGAGCAAGUUGUCUCAUGAUAAAUCUAUGGUGUCGCGAAUCGUCUGAUUUAGUUAUGAUCAAGUUGAAUAAAUGCCAAAGUCUAACAUUAUCAGGCUCUUUUGCAACUAAUGUUCUUAUAAUGUUGUAUCCAUUAAAUGAAUCUUUAUUAAAAUAUGCUGCUAAAACACUUAAAAGAUCGAUUUCAUAUUUAUAAACAUGAAAAAUUGUGGAUAAUUGAGCUGUGAAUGUUAACCUCUGAAAUGCAUUAUACCUCUUGGUCUCAAUACACAUGUUACAAACAUAUUUAAACAACUCCCAUUCUUCCUCUACACUUGGUCCAUGGUUUUCUUUUUUGAAUGAUGGAUUAUCUAUGUCUUCUUCAGGUUCUUUUCUAGUUUUUCUAACUUGUUUUACAGCAUUUCUUUUUUUAUCAUAACGUUGAAUUAUCGAUAUGCAUGAAAGCUCAUCCUUGUUCCUAAUGUAUGUCGAAUGCCUCGAGAAGAAUACCUGACUAACCAUUAUUAAUUCAUCUGACCUAUUCUUAUCAUGUUUUAACAGUAAACAUCUCUCAUAAAAUAAACCAACAUCAAGAUAGUCAUAUUCCUCAUUUUGAGUUAAGACUACUAUUGCUUCAUCGUUUCUCCCAAGUUGGACAAGUAAGGAAGACAAUGUCAUCCUAGCUUCUGUAUGUUGAGGAGCUUGUUCUAGCACUACGUAAAAUGCUUUCACUGAUUCUUCUAAUCGGGAUAAUACCUUAAGAUUUUCAGCAUAUUUUAACCAAACAGCUGGUAAACUAUAUUCAGCACAAUGUACAAGAACAGAAAGCAAUUUGUCAGCUUUUUCGUUAUAAUGUUGCUCAACAAAAGCAUCAAUAAUAUCCAAAUAUAAAUCACCAACUUCAGCUGGAUUUAAAUCUGCUAUUCGGUUUAAAAAUUGUUCAGCAAAUAGUAUCGACCGUAAAUGAAUCAAAACAAUUAUUAACUUAGCUAAGAUAUCAAUAGGCGAGUCGAGAGGAAUGGUGCAAUCUAAAACUUCACCUACAUCAUUCAUAACAACGCUCAAGCUACAAAACCUUACCAUAAGAUCAAGACAUCGUUGAAAUUGUUUUAGUUGUAUCAAUAGCUCUAAUUGUAAAUUAAUAAAUUCUAAGUUUAUUAAAUUGGGACAUUUCUCUAUGGCCACAUCUAAUGCACCACUAGCCUUUACAAAAUCACUUUCUUUAUGACACAAUUCAGCAAUAAACUUAGAAGUGACAAGAAUUAAUUCUCCUUGUUCUGGUUUCAAUGCAGAAAGAAGACGUAAGUAACCUCUAACAGCGGUCUUUUUAUCGCCCAAUUUUUCAAGAAGUGUUGCUCUCCUCUUAUGUAAAUCCAUAUUAAAAAUGUCUAAGUUAAUUGCUUUAGAAUAACAAGUUACAGCUUGUCUAACAUGUCCUAACUUUUCUGAUAGUUCAGCGAGAUGGAUCCAUUCAAAAGGAUCUGAUGAUGAUAGAUGAGCUGCCACUAGUGACAUUUGUAAAAAUUUUUCCUGAUCACCCAUCUCAUCAUAAAUCCCAGCUAAUGUAAGAAAUGGUUCAGGAGCUGUAGGAACUUGCCUUAUAAUUUCUAGACAAAUUUUAACAGCAGUUUCUUUAUCACCCCUAGCAAAUCUCAAAUUUGCUUCACCCAUUAGUCCUUUUAAAGCAGGAGGUAAUUUUUGAGGUUUCUUAGAUCUACUGGGUAAACUAGAUUUUUCUACUUUAUUGGUAGUAUCAGCAACUGCUUCCUGAGCUUCAUUUGAUCCAACAUCAACUUCGUCUACAUUUUCUUCAAUACCCACAUUUUCAAUGUACUCUGCAAAGUUCAUUUCACCAUCCAAAAACUUGUUAACCAAAAUCUGUUCAUUUUGUGUACUUGAAAAAUAAUAAGAGCUAGCUCCAUCAGUUUCUGAGGGCUUAACAGUAAGUGUAGGUUCACUACUUGUUGAUGGUUUUGAUAUGUCAAGAAUAGAUUGGAAUUCCUCUAUAUUUUCGUCCUUAUCCAUGUUAUAAAAAAACAAUUAUUCACUACAAAUGUACACAAAAAAAUUGCAGUCGACUGAAAUCUGCAAACACUUAUCUUAAAACUAUAAAAAGGAAAUCAAAAACAACACGGCAGUAGGUUCAACAACUGUAACCAAUGAAUAGGUUUUAUUAUAGGUUAUGCUACAAAUUUAAGUUUAUUAUUAUUUAUUUUUCCAGUGAAAAAUUAUGUUUUUAAAAUAAAAAAUAACCAUUAUGUUAUUUAAACGAGAUAUUUUGACAAACCCAUGUAAUUAAAUUUUCGUAUCUAAAUGUAGUGAUAAUAAUAGUUAACAAUUCGAUUUAUAUACCAGCAGGUGUAUAAUCUAACCUGGAAGGUUACUUUGUUAUUUGUUAUGAAGGAAGCUGGUGUCAAAUUUUAAUAGAAUAUCCUUGCUCUGUGUUUUCAAGACUACAUCUUUUAUGCUGUAGUGAUUAUUCUAUGUUUAAGAAUUAUAAAUCAGUGAUUUAAGAAAAUUGCUGCACCAUGGUGUCAAGGGUUGCUGUUGAAUCUCUAAAAAAAGCUGAAGAUUUAAAAGAGAUAACAUCAAAUCUGCAAAAAAUGGAUUACAAUUGCAAUAUUUGGCCUGCUCAACAACAACUUCAGAAAAUAUAUCAUGAUGUAUUGAUUCUCGACCUUGAAUACGCUUUAGAUAAAAAAGUUGAACAAGAUUUAUGGAACUACUGCUUUAAGAAUUAUAUAGCUUCUUUACAAAGUUCUGCUAAAGACAAAAAGGCUAAUGGUAUUCAUGUACAGAACAGAUUAUCCUGGUUCCUUGACUGUGCAAGUGGAUUUUAUUUAUCUUUGUUACAAGAGAUUUGUUCUGUCUUCAAUUUAGAUUUACCAUUUAUGAGACAUGAUACUCUAUUUGGAUUUAAACGUUAUGUAAAUGAAAAUGUUGUAAUUAAUCGUCCAGAAAGAAGCUCUUGUUACUAUAUUUGUCAACAUUGUUUGGUUCAUCUGGGUGAUGUUGCAAGGUAUCGAAAUCAAAUGAUACAAGCAGAAUCAUUUUACAGGCAUGCCGUUGAACUUGGAUCAAGCAGUGGUCAUCCAUACAAUCAACUUGCACUUCUGGAAGCAAGUCGUGAUAGAUUGAGUACCGUAUUCUUUUACACCAGAAGUAUUGCUGUGGCACAUAAAUUUCCAGCAGCUAUAACAAACCUUGCCAAUACUUUAAUGAAGUCUUCGAAAUUUGAAGUGCCUGGUGAUGGUGGGAAAAUGUCUGUUGCUGAAUAUGAAGCAGCAUUUCUUCAUCUUCAUUCACUAUUGUACUUAACACAAGAUACUGCUUCAGCUUUAAGAAUUCUUUAUUGUCUAAAUCAGUCACUGACUCCUCUCAUCGCUACUCAAGAGUUCACUCCAUGGAAAUUAAUCCAGAUGGCUGUGAUUACAAUAUUCAUGUAUACCCAGAUGGAUGGAAAUAAAGAGGUUUCAAAGGUUCUUGCAGAUCAUCUAGUUGGUUUCUUGAAUGCACUACUGGUUCCUUUGUAUACCAUGUCUCCUGAAUCAGUUCUUGAUUAUUUUGCUCUCCCACCUGUGAAAGUUGUCUUGUGCUGGCUUAAGGCAGAACCCAGUGCUGUUGUGGCUUUGAAUAGACAACAUCUUUGGAGAGGUCUCACAAAAUUGUUAAACUUACUCCGAUCAUCCCACGCUACUACUCCAGUUAAUUUUAUUAAUGCUGCCUUACCAGAAGACACUGAUCUGCAAGGAUUCCUUCCCCUGGAACCAGAAUUUUCUUCUCUUACUUUUAGUGGUGAACCUUUGCAAGAAGAUGUUGCUAAAAAGUUAAGAGCCUUCCGUCUCAUAAAAUAUGGAGAAUGGCUCUCGAUGAAACCAGAUUUAAAACCAAUUUUUAUCAGUGAAAAUGGCCAGUUUGAAGUUUCUCGAUUUCCAACUAAUGCAUCAACACCACCUGAUAAUAACCAAAAACUGUCACCUCUUAACUCAGGAAAUGUGCAAGACAAUUGGAAAUCAAGAAGUCGUCAAAAUGUUGCAUUACAAUCAUUUUUGAAGAAAUCAAAACCUCAGGUGAAUGAAAAAUCCUUGGAGAUUAAUUCGGUUCUUGAAUGGCAGGACAAAAAUCAACUGAGCGCACCAUGGUGGCCUCAGGGUGGAUCUCAAAAAGAUGAAACUCCAGCAUGGGUUAACCAAGAUAUCUUAUUGAUGUCCAACCAACUUUCCAACUACAACAUCAAAACGGAAGGAACCUAUACUCUGUUCAGUGGUACAUCAGAAAACCCUUCCAUGAUUACCAAUAAUUUACUUCAGUCAAACUCGACUGUCCCAUUAGCCAACCAUCAGUCACUUUGGUCAGGUCCCGGGCCAUCACCAUUGGAGCGUUUAUUAGAGCAACAGAAACAGAUGAGGAGUGCUUCUGAGUAUGAUACAUGAUCUAAAUCUCAGUCAUGUUAUACCUUCUUUGAAUCAGCCUUUACUCUAAAAUUCUUUUUCGUACCUCUUUUUUGAGUUAGUACGAUGGGAGAUCAUUUUUAAAUUUAAUGAGAAUUUUUGGAGCAGCAGAUAUUGAGAUGUGAAGCAUUUUCAAGAUCAUCAGCAACGCUUCUGUGUUGAAUUUGACACGGCAUGGUUUGGACGGAGCAUUGAAGAAUGUAGUUUCUACAGCAGUUAUGUUUAUUAUUAAACCUAACUAUUUUCAGACAUGCUAUUUAAUUGUAUAAGAGAUGUACAUUCCCAAUUUUGUUUUGCAAAUAAUUAUAGUUUGAUUGCAAGAAAAUAAUUUUUUGCAUAAACAAGUUCUUUGUUCUCUAGUUUCAACUUGCAUGAUUGCAGUUAAUACAAGCAUUUAUGUAACAUUAUAAAUAAUCAACUUACUGUUAUUCCGUGUAAUGUAGCUAACAGUAUGAAGAAUUCAUUAAAUGCACAAGUAUAUAGUUUAUAAUAAGAUGAAAUGUUAUGAAUUAUUUUGGGAACAUAGGUUUCUUUUUUUGUUCUAGUUUGUGUUUUUUUUGUUUGUUUUUUUAGUUUUUCUUAAGAUUUAACAGUCUAUAUUUAUAAAUCAGCAUUGAUACAUAAUUUUACACAAUGUAAUAGAUGACGUUUCUUCAUGAAUAGUUCAAAUAAAUAUGAUUGAUGAUCUAACAGUGUUUUUAUUGUAUUACUUAAUAUAACAAAUUAAAAUUUACCAUAAUGUAUGCUCUGAGCAUUCAAUAUAUAUCACAAACUAAAAAAUAAAGAAUGACCAUUACUCCCUAAAGUGUAUUUUUUGUUUUCCUUCUGAGAUACGAGAGGACGAGAUGGAAAAGUUAUCGAUAAUAAUAAAUAUACAAAAUGAGGAAUGUUGCAUCAACGUUUGCCAUUGUUGUAACUCAUUGCUCUCAGCGGGGCUUUGAAAUUUGCAGCUGCUUGUUGCUGGAUCUGGUAAGCUAAGGGAUGAAUCUUGAAUCCAUAUAACC